CUUCAUCAUGCAAAGGUGUGCGAGUUAGUCAUCCUUAUAGGUUUCCCUUUGUCUGGCAGUUUAUGGCUGUUUUCCCAGGCAAAUAUCCUGAAAUCUAUCAGUUGUAGGGGAAACAGAAUAGUAAUAAAAUAUAGUUUCCCUUUGUUUCAGAGCAGUAAUGCAGCUUGUUUUGCUGCUCCAACUGUUCCUCAUGGGACUUGGGCUGUCUGGGGCCAGGCCUGGUAGAAAGUUUCUGAUGAUGUUUCCCCCUCAUAAUGACCCAACAGCAAAUGUUAGCCAUCGAGUAACCGUCACAGCCACUGGUGUUUGGACCUCAGUCACUGUGAAGGUUCUGGAAAGCAGCUUCAUGCAACAGAUCUUUCUCUCUGCUAGCCAGUCAAAGACAAUUCACCUGCCAUUAUCUGUGGGAAUGGUCGGUGAUCACUCCUCCACACUCCUCAGUGUGAACUCUGUAUGGCCUGUUACAGUCCUUGCCUCAUUCUGUACUCACACGGGUUGUGACCACAGCUCCCUUAAUGAUGUGUCCUCAUGGGGAUCCCACUACUAUCCCAUUACUCCUCACUUCCCUAACCAGACUACUGUCAGCCAGAUGGUGAUCACAAGCUCAGACCACGAGACGUCAGUUGAUGUCUUUCUGUCAGGAGAAGUGCACUUCAAAGGCAAUAUUUACCCCAGAGAUAGUGUCCUUAAGUUGCAUAUAGGGGUGCUGCAGAGUGUUUGCCUUCAGAGCAACUCCAGCCUCUCUGGCUCAGAGUUAAACUCCCAAGAAGCUGUGGGUGUUGUAGUUGGGUUUACCUGCUCCAAGCACGCACCCGGGGAUUGCUUUUAUGGGUUUGCUGAACUUAAGCCAGUCUCCCAGUGGAGUUUUGAUUAUGUUAUCCCACCCAUGGUAAACACAGGAAUGAGUUCCAGUUUCCUGCUGGCAAUGGCUUCAAUCAACUCUGACAUGAACAUGAGCACCCACACCAGGCGAAAUAAUGUCUCUCUUGUUGGUGGAGUUAUGACGGCCAUUCCACUUGUGACCUCUGACAAAAUCCGAAUUGCUAGUGACAGUCCUUUUCAACUUGUUUACUUCAGACAUGGCAGUGCACAGCUUUCUUCAAUUCUAACAGUACUGCCAUCUGUUGAUGAUAUCUGUCAAAGUGUACUUAUAUUUGAUUCAGUUGAUAUGGAUGAACAAAACAGCAGUACUUCCACAGGACAUUUUAGGUCUGCCGUUAAAUUCUCCCAGAAGCCCAACUAUGCUGAGCUGCCUGACAAUGCAGAGCCAAGUUCUCCUUACACAGAUGUGGGAUACUAUUUGAGUACCUUGAACAGACAACUAUAUCCAGCAGUGUGUGAGAAAACUGCAGCUUCUUGUGAAGAGUUACAUUGUGGUCAAAAACGGAAGUGCUCUAUCAAAGAUGGAAAACCACACUGUUCUUUGAAAACUAAGAUAUGCUCUGCAUGGGGUGACUCUUAUUACCGUACUUUUGAUGGAAGAGAUUUUGUCCUACAGGGAAAUUGUAACUACACUUUAGUUCAAACUGCCUGUCCAGGCUUAAAUGCUUCUGUUCCACUGCAGAUUAAUAUAGCCAGAGCAUAUUUGAACAGCGCCACUGUCUCCACCAUCCACAUGGUGCAGAUGAGCAUCCAGGGCUUUAAUAUCUCCAUAGUUAAGGAAGAGAAAAAUCAUGUUAGGAUUAAUGGACAGAAGAGGAACCUGCCGCUCACCCUGGGAAAUGGGUUCUUGCACUUGUAUCCAAGUGGUUCCAGCAUUGUCUUAUACACUGCCUUUGGCCUGGCUCUGCAGUAUGACUGGAAGCACCAUCUCCAGGUUGAAGUUUCCCUAGAGCUGUAUAGGCUCCUGUGUGGUUUGUGUGGAAAUGCUAAUCACAGCUCUUCAGAUAACGUAAUUGCCUCUAAUAGCACCAAUGUGACUGAGACUGUGGAUUUUACCCUCCCAUGGGUUGUGAACAAUGAUGCAGGAUCCUGUAUUGAGGAUUGUGGUGGUGGUGUCUCGUGUCCACUGUGCACUCAAAGUCAGGCCAAAUCUCUUCCUGGUGUUAAAGGCAACUCUUUCAAAACUGGCUGCACUCUACUGCAGAGGAGUGGUGGACCUUUUGCAGAUUGUCACUCAUAUGUGGAUCCUGAGCCGUUUGUCCGUAGCUGUGUAAACUACUUGUGUGUCAAUGAAGCUGCGUCUUCUAUGUGUAAGAUCUUGACCGCCUAUGCCAACAUUUGCCAGAAGCUUGGGGCCAGAAUGCAAAACUGGAGAACCAUCGCCAAAUGCUCUAUGGUGUGUCCUAUGAACAGCCACUAUGAGAUCUGUGGUUCGGCUUGUCCUGCUACCUGUGGUAACCCAGAGGCUGAUCGUAAUUGCACUCUGCCCUGUGUGGAAUCAUGCCAGUGCAAUAGAGGGUAUCUGUUGAGUGGUGGGAAAUGUGUACCACACAGCAAAUGUGGUUGCCUUUACCAAGGUUCCUAUUAUCUCCCCAAGGAGAACUUCUGGAUUGAUGAACAGUGCCAGCAGAAAUGUGUCUGCCAACCUAAUUCCAAGAUGGUCAUGUGUGCACAUUCUCAUUGUCAGGAUGGUGAAGUGUGCAAGAUUUUGAAUGGAGUCCUGGGUUGUCACUUGGAAGGGCCAGGGAUGUGCAUAGCUAAAGGAGAUCCACGUUAUACCACCUUUGAUGGGCGCAACUUUGAUGUCUACGGGAACUGUACUUACCUACUUACUUCUCACUGUCCCACCUGGGGCGACCUGGAAGACUUUAGUGUGGAGGUCCAGAACCAGAUUAGGGAUGCUACAAAUGUUUCCUUUCGACAUGUUAAAAUGGUAGUCUCUGGUUAUAACAUUGAGCUAUCGGAUAACUGGAGUAACAGGGUUAAGGUAAAUGGUCUGCUACUGCGUCUCCCAUCUGUGUUGGACCAAGGCAAAGUAAAGCUCUACAUGACUGGUUUCUCAAAGUCUAUAGAGACUGACUUUGGUGUUGUUGUGACAUUCCACUCUGAUGUCCUGACUGUACAAAUGCCAAGGAUCUUCUCUGGUAAUCUCUGUGGCCUUUGUGGUAAUUUUAAUGGCAAUCCAGAAGAUGAUGUGGUACCUGAUGAUGAAUCUGAUAUCUCAAUGGCCGUUAGGCAUUGGCAAACCAGCAGUGAACAUGACUGUGUGGAUGUGUAUAUGAACACCUCAGGUUGCAAUUCAGAAGAUAUUUCUCUUUAUCGGGGGAAAGAUUUCUGUGGGCAACUACUGGAUACAGAGGGAGUGUUUCAGAGCUGCCACAAAAUGGUUGAUCCCAAAGAUUUCUUUGAUAACUGUGUUCAUGACCUCUGUUACAGUAAUCAGACUACCUUGUGUCUGAUUCUGUCCAGCUAUGUUGCUGUAUGUCAGGAAAUGGGAACUAUUAUGGAUGAAUGGAGGACUUCCAACUUUUGUGAUCUCACCUGCCCACCUAAUAGUGAAUACCACUUGUGUUCCAGUCACAUGUCUGACUGUGCAGAAAACCAAAGUUCUUUAGCGGUGAAAUGCAAAGAAGGCUGUUUCUGCAAACCUGGGUUCUUUCACAGUGAUGGGAAUUGUGUACCAAAUCUUGAGUGUGGCUGCCUUUACAAUGGAGUUUACCAUGAAAUCCACGAGAACUUCUACCCUGAUGAGCACUGUCAUCUGCACUGUGUCUGUGUGAGCCACAACAGAGUGCAAUGUACAAACCACACAUGUCCAAAUGGAACAAAAUGUGCCAUCCAAGAUGGCCAAAGGGCGUGCCAUGCAUUACAACCUGUUAAAUGCGUGAUCAUGGGUGGCACACAUUUCAGGAGCUAUGAUGGACAUAGCUUUGACUUCAACACGGGAGGCUGCCGUUAUGUUCUGUCCCAGGUUUGUGAUGAGGAAGAGUCUCACCCCACUGUUAUUAUCCAGCAAGGACAGCUGUAUCUUAGGCUGCAUGGAGUUAACCUGUCAUUAGAGAUGGAGCAUUUGGGAAAAGUGAAGAUUAAUGGUGUUCUGUGGACCCCUCCUGUCAAGCUAGAUCACAUGGCAAUACUUCAUUUUGGCUUGCUGACUCGUGUUGUUAUAGACACUGGGGUUGUUGUCACUUAUGGAGGCCCUAACCUGAUACAAAUAGUGAUUCCUGCUUCCCAUAAAAAGAUGUGUGGCUUGUGUGGAAUCGUAAGUGCUGUCAAAACAGAUGAUAACUGCAGCCCAAAUUGCAACCUCACAAAUGAGGUUUCCAUCUUUGCAACUUCAUGGUCACUUUCACCACCUGGAACGAACUGCUCUAAAGAAUGGGAGCUCUGUUCAGCGUCCAACUCUACUGUGGAAGCUGAAUUUGCAUCUGAUAAUAUCUGUGGCAUGGUGCUUGCUCCUGCGGGACCGUUUAGUGGAUGCCAUUCCACUGUGAACCCAGAGCCCUUCUUUCAGAACUGUGUCAAUGACUUGUGUAUGUCUAAUGGGAAUAAAGACUUGUUUUGCAGUAGUUUGAGGGAGUACACUUUUGCAUGCCAGGAUGCAGGAGCUAAAGUCAAACCAUGGCGGGGUGAGAAAUGCUUGCUCUCAUGCCCUGAAAACUCUCACUACAAUAUAUGUGUCAGUGCAUGCCCUGAGUCCUGUGGUAUUUUAUCCGAUAUCCCCUGCCCAUGGACCUGUUAUGAGGGAUGUCAAUGUGAGACUGGAUACAUGCAGAGUGGAAAUGGCUGCGUCAAGUCUGACAAAUGUGGCUGCUUCUACUAUGGGCAUUACUAUGAGACUGGGGAGAUGUCGUGGGCUGAGGGAUGCUCCCAGCAGUGUAACUGCUCUGCCACUGCCACUGUGUUCUGUGAGCCAGCUUCUUGCCCUGAGGGAGAGCGCUGCACCCUUAACGAUACCUGGGGCUGUUCAAGGAAAGCUGAUAAUGAUACAGUCUGUAAGAAUGGAGAGACUUGUGGUGUCCACAGCCAACCUCACCAAACUCCGUGCUGGGUACUGGGAGGUGCCCAUUUCUACACUUUUGAUGGAAAGGUGUUUGAAUUCCAUGGAAACUGUACCUAUACUCUGAUCCAAACAUUGAAUACCAGUAAGAAUGAUACACUUUGGGUUGGUGUACAGAAAGACAGAACCCCCGAUGAGUCUUCCUCUCUUAAAGCUAUUCAUGUCAAAGUGUCUAAAGACAACAUUACUAUCUACAGAGGAGAAAGAGGCUAUGCUUGGAUAAAUGGUGUGAAAAAGCUGAUACCUGUGACGCUACAGUUCGGACUUGUGCAGAUUUACCAGAGUGGCCUGUUUGUUGUUGUGGAUACUAGUCUGGGCAUCCAGAUUAAGUAUGACUGCUCUCAUAUUGCCAAUAUCCUCCUCUCCAAUACAACAAAAGUCCAGGGUAUAUGUGGAAAUAAUAAUGGUAUCGAAGACGAUGACCUCACAACCCCACAGGGUAGGGUUGUGGAUGCUACUACCUUUGGCUGGAGCUGGAGAGUUCCUGAUCAGGAAGCUUCGUGUACAGCAGAUUGUGGAGAUGCAUGCCCACGCUGCUCUGCUGAGCAGCUACAGGAUAAAAAUUUAGUCAGUCAAUGGAUCUUUCUGAAUGAGUACAUUUGGUCACCACAAAAUCCAUUAUAUUUGUGCCAUGAAGUUAUUAGUUACACUAAAAUCUCCAGAGCUGUGAGCAUAUUUGACCUGUGCUUUAAUAAUGACACUCAGAAGGCCCUCUGUUUGAUCUUGGAGGCCUAUGCUGCUGCCUGCAAAACCGCCCAGAUCCAGAUUGGAGAAUGGAGGAAUAGCACCUUCUGCCCCAUGUCCUGCCCACUGAAUAGCCACUAUAAGUCCUGCGGCACAGCCUGCCCUGCCACCUGUCAGGACCCAUUUCGUUCAAGGCCCUGCACACUGACUUGUGUGGAGACCUGCCAGUGUGACCCAGGGUUUGUCCUGGACGGCAACAACUGUGUCCUCUUGUCCCAGUGUGGCUGCACUCACAACGGCUACAAUUACCACAGCAACCAGACCUUCUGGGCUGACGAGGAAUGCACUGAACGGUGCAUCUGUGACCCCCACACCCACCAGACACACUGUCAUUUGGAUUCCUGUGGCCCAGAUGAAUACUGCAGUCUUCAAAAUGGUGUCAGAAGCUGUGUGCUGCACCAUCAGCAGACAUGUAUGUACACUGGUCAUCACAUAGUCACCUUUGACCAGCAUGACUAUGAUUUGCAUGGCACCUGUCAGUACCAGUUGGUGGGUGUGUGUGAACAGAAACAAGGCCUCGAUGGUAUUCAGGUUUACAUACAGACAGAUGGACAUCUAGAGUCAGCACUUUACAUCCUGGUCAAUGUGAGUGGUGUGCUUGUGAAGCUAAACAGCAAAAACACUGAAAAUAUAGAGGUUGAUGGUGUCAAGAGGAACAUGCCCUAUCGCUUCAGCCCUACUGCACUGGCUUUUUCUUUGGGGCUGCACACUUACAUCUCCACAGAUGUGGGCUUUGAAUUUAGUCUCAGUGUUGAGGGCAUAGUCAGUAUUAGCCUCUCCACUAAAUAUGCUAAUGCUACUUGUGGCCUGUGUGGAAACUUCAACUCUGAUCCUGCUGAUGACCUCCCAGCGAAUAAAACACAGGAGCAGCUCAGUCCUGAACGUUUUGGAAAAGCUUGGAGAAGAGGGCAGAAUUCUUGGUGCUGUCUUGGAGGAAGUUGUCCAAAAUGUUCAUCUGAGAAUCAGGCCCGCUUCUCUGACCCAGAGGCUUGCGGGAAGAUUCUGGAAGUUAAUGGACCAUUCAGGCACUGUCAUGGCAAAGUGGACCCCUCCAGCUUUUACAAGCGCUGUGUUAGUGACCUGUGUCUUCAUGGAGGUCUCCAGCCUGCACUGUGUCAUUCCUUGGCAGCGUAUACUGCAGUCUGCCUUUCCCACAAGGCUAUAGUUUAUGCCUGGAGGAAUCCUGAAUUCUGCUAUCCAUCCUGUCCCUCCAGUACCAGAUACAAUAUGAGUUCUGCUUCUGUUCACCUCUGCCUCGGCUGCCAGAAUAACACAGUAGAGGUGCCUCUAAACACUGGGGAGGACUGCUUCUGUGAAGCAGGUUUAGUUCACAGUGGCAGCCUUUGUGUCUCUCCAGAAAACUGUGGCUGCUUCCACCAUGGAGAAUACUUCAGUGCUGGACAGGAGUUGUCUACAUGUGAACAAAGCUGUUUAUGCCAUGCUCGGGGACAUAUGACUUGUCGCAAUGUCUCCUGUGGAAAGGAUGAAGAAUGUAAGCUUAUUAGGGGUGUUCAAAGAUGCCACCCCAAACCCAGAGUGGCACACUGCUCUGUUGAUGGAUCCCAAUAUACUACGUUUGAUGGACAGGCAUUUGAAUUUCAUGGUUCAUGUAACUACACCCUUGUGCAGACGUGCUCUCUCAAAAAACUGGAUGUGGAGCCUGUUUUGAUUGCUGCACAGGGCAACUACAGUGAGGGCAGACAGAUCUACCUGCAAGUCAAUAAAAUGUAUUUUAAGACAUCAGCAGCCUUUCCUGGAAAAAUUCAGGUAAAUGGAGUUUACGAGAACCUGCCAUUCUCACAGAAUAAUGUCACUGUCCAUCAGAAAAAUGGAUGGUUAACCAUUAAGACGCCACAGUCAUUUAUGCUUAUGACAGACCUACAAAACCACUUUCUGGUGAAGAUCCCUGAUAUUUACCACCAGACAACCUGUGGCCUUUGUGGAAACUACAAUGACAAUCCCUCAGAUGACAUGCAGCUGCCCAAUGGCACUGUGAUCUCUGAUCCUGCCAUGUUUGGGUCAUCAUGGAAGUUCUCUGAUCUUGAACCAUCCUGCAGCGACACAUGUGACAGUACCUGUGAACUCUGCAAGGCCCCUCUGCCAGAGUACUCCUCUGACCUGCACUGUGGCCUUCUCACUCAUUCCAGGGGACCCUUUUCCUCUUGUCACCAUUUAGUUUCCCCACAAAAACACUACUCUGUCUGCAUGAAAAACCUUUGUGUUGCAAAAGGACAUCGCUCAGCCCUGUGUGAUGCACUGUGGGCCUAUGAGGCAGCAUGUACAGAGGCAGGAGGGACAGUUGACCUCUGGAUGAACACAACACGCUGUGCUUAUCAAUGUCCUCAAUUCAGCCACUACAGCCAGUGUGCCAAUGCUUGCUCCUCACUGUGUCCUGAGAUAAGCCAGACAGUUCAGUGCCCUUGGGACUGUGAGGAAGGUUGCCAGUGUAAUACAGGACACCUUUAUGAUGGCCAUGCCUGUGUACCAGCAGAGCAGUGUGGCUGUGUACAGGAUGGGAGGAGGUUUAAGGCCUCUGAGAGCAAACUGCUACAAAACUGUACUGUUAAUUGCACCUGUGGGCCUCCUCUUGUCUGUGAGCAAUACUCAUGUCCUUCGCUGUACAGCUGUAUAGUUUCAGAUGGAGUCAUGGGUUGUCACAAGGAUGCAGAGCAAAACACAGAUCCAUGUGAAGGAAAAUGUGAUGAAACUGAGAAUUGUUACCUGAGCAAUGGUGUACCUGUCUGUGAAAGCCGUCAUGGUCUGUGCGGGGCCUGGGGAGGCCAGCACUACCACACCUUUGAUGGGCUUGACUAUAACUUUGAGGGUACCUGUACAUAUCUCCUCGCAGCCAGCAAAGGGGCAGUAAAUUGUCUGACACCCUUUAGUGUGUCCAAGAAGAAUGAUUGCAAUGGCAGUAGAGCUGCGUUCUCCACACUGGUGGUCACGGUACAAGCUUAUGGGUUCAUCAUAAAGUUUAGUAGUGAUAAAGGCAGCAUACAUGUUAAUGGUCAAGUGACUUAUAUUCCUGUUAAUCUGAUGCGGGGUAAGAUCCAGGUCUCUUACAAGGGAGGAAAAGCUUUACUGAAAACAGACUUUGGUAUGCAUGUAGUGUUUGAUGGGAACUCCACUGUUGUAGUUACACUGGACCCACAUUACAAGGGCAAAGUCUAUGGGCUGUGUGGCAAUUUCAAUGGUGAUCCUCAAGAUGAGUAUCCUGUAACUACACCUGGUUCCCCUCCCAUUAAGACGAGUGUGGAGCUCGCUCAAGCUUAUCGCCUCUUUGAUGGGGACCUUGACUGCUGUACUGGCUGUAAGCAGAAUUUGGAUGAAGAAACCUUGCCCAUAGAUUUGGUUUCUGAUGCUGACUCAAGUAAACGGUGUGCAGUGCUCACUGAUCAGAAUGGUCCGUGGGCCCACUGUCAUAGCCGAGUCAAUCCAGAUUCCUUCUAUAAAAGCUGUGUAGUUGACUGCCUGCAUAAUGGGGGAUCAAAUGUUGCCCAUCACAAAGCCAUACAUACCUACUCCAUGGUUUGUGGAGAAUCUGAUAGCUACCAUGAUGAAGUGACAGUCGAUGUGCACUGUCCACCAAACAGCCACUACAAGACCUGUGGUUCAGCCUGUCCACCAUCCUGUGAAUUUAAUGCCACCACCUGCAAUAAGGCCUGUGUUCAGGGCUGCUUCUGUAACCCUGGAUUCAUUAGAAGUCCCACUGGUUGUGUGCAUCCACAUCAGUGUGGCUGUACAGACUCCAGAGGCAAAUACCACAGCCUCAACUCAACUUUCUGGGCUCCAGACAACUGUGGCCAGGUUUGCAUCUGUGGACCGGCUAUUGGAGAGACCCGCUGCCACCCAGCCCAGUGCCCCAGAGGAAUGGUCUGCAAGCAGCUCCAUCACAAGAGGGUGUGUCAACCUGAAAACCCCCAGAACUGCACAAUUACUACUGGGAUGCAUUUUAUGACCUUUGAUGGACAUCGUUUUGAAUUUAGAGAUAGCUGUUCUUAUACAUUGGUUCAAACAAGGUCCAACCUAACUGGAUUAACACCGUUCAAUAUCACCAUCUCAGAUGCAAGUUGCCACAAAAGGUUUAUUCAUAGUGUUGACUUAAUACUUUCAAUCUAUGGUUUGGAGGUGAUGGUGAGAAAAGCUGAACCUGGGAAGGUUUUGUUUGACGACAUGUUUAAGUCCUUACCAUACUCUGACCCGUCAGGCCGUGUAAAUGCCUACAGCACACCCUCAUCCCUCAUUAUUCACACUGAUGUGGGAUUACAGCUGAUUGUCUACAACAACAUUGGCACUCUAAUGGUCAUCCUCCCUAGUAGUUAUGGCUCAUCUGUCUCUGGUCUUUGUGGGAAUGCCAACACUGAUCCUGAUGAUGACCUAAUGAUGCCCAAUGAAGAGCUUGCUCAAAAUGGACUAGAGUUUGCCCACAGCUGGAGGGCUCAGGAUGCAGAGUCCUGUAGGUCCAACUGUUCCUUCAAACUGAAGCGUUGUCCUGUCGAGGCACAGAAGCUUUUUGAAGGCAGCGACUUCUGUGGGGUGUUGUUGAAUGAGCUCGGGCCAUUUGCUGAUUGUGCCUCAGUGUUAAGUCCCAAGCAUUACUUCCACAGCUGUGUAGCAGAUUCCUGCUCUUAUGAUGGGCACUACUCAGCAGUCUGCAGUUCCAUUGCAUCUUACGCAGCUGCCUGCCAAGCUGCUCAGCUGCCAGUCAGACAGUGGAGGAGUGACACUUUCUGUGGUAUGUCAUGUCCUAAAAAUAGCCACUAUGAGCUGUGUGGACCUCGAUGUCCUGUUGUUUGCCUUGGACUGUCUUCUCCAGCAAACUGUAGUGGACGUUGUGAGGAGGGUUGCCAGUGUGACCCUGGCUAUGUCCUGAGUGAUGGUCAAUGUGUUCUGGUUUCUGACUGUGGCUGCAUGCAUAAUGGACAGUAUCACCCUGUUGGCCCUUUCACCUCUGAGAAAAGAUGCCAAAAGUGUAACUGUGAAGGAGGAGCAGUGACAUGCAGCCCCUCAGAAAACUGUCCAGUAAAAGAUGGCCUUUCCUUGCUAUAUGGGGUGUGCCAAGUGUUUGCUGGUUUUGGAUACAUUACGUUUGAUGGCGUUAUUCUGCCUCACCAUGGAGCUUGUACUUAUGUAGUGUCAUCCCUCUCUUCUAAAACUAUGCAUGACUAUACUCUGCUAGUUAGCUUUAAGAAGGACAAGAAUGACAUUUUCACAGUCAGCAGACUAUUAUUUCAUUUGCCUUCACAUGAAGUGUCCAUUGACCCUGAAACUCUAUGGAAAAUACAAGUAAACCAAGAAGAACACAGUGUGCCUUUUGUCAAUAGAGAACUCGAAGCAUACCAAGUCGGCAACAGACUAAUUAUCGUCACACCAUCCGGGGUGGGCAUUGACUUGUCCUCUACCCAAUACCUCAGGUUAACUGUACCACAGGGAUUUGACGGCACACUGUCAGGCCUCUGUGGAAACUUCAAUGGGGACAAGUAUGAUGACUUGGAACAGAGAAAAGGUCAUCUUGCCAAACACUUUACAGAGCUCCUGCACAGCUGGGCAGAAGAAGCUCCUGGACAGCGUUGCACUGACAAUUGUGGGAGAGAGUGUGAGGAGUGCAGCCUGUCCCUACAGGACAGUAUGGUGUGUGACAUCCUGUUGAUGAGGAGUAUUGAAUUCAACCAAUGCUGGAACAGUAGCGUGGAUCGCGAUGUUUACACACGUAUGUGCAUCAGGGCAGUUUGUGCCGGGGCAGGGCAAAAGGCUGCAUGUCUAGCACUUGAAGCAUUUUCUGCAGCCUGCCAGGCUAAAGGAAUACCAGUAGAACCAUGGAGAGAGAACACUCCUUGUGCUUUCCAGUGUCCUGACCGCAGCAGCCCAGGGAAAUGUGUUGACUCCAGCUCCAACUCAUGCCCCGCUCUGCUCCGCCCUGGUUCUUCAGCACCUGGCUGUUCAGAAGGCUGCCAGUGCCACUACGGAAAUGUGUUUGAUGGGGGCGAGUGUGUACCUUACAGUCAGUGUGGGUGUGUUCUCCAUGACCUCUAUAUCAAGAUGGAUGAACAACUGUACACAGAGGACUGCACCCAGAGAUGUUGGUGCCACCCUUUGAGUGGGGUGAUAUGUGAGGAGGCUGGCUGCAGUACAGGGCAGCAGUGUGCUCUGAGGAAUGGUUCAUGGGGCUGUCAUGACAAACCUGAGGUUUGUGAGCUCAGGAGCAGCCUCCAGGUCUCCACACUGAGCGGCCAGCAGCUGAUCUUGGAACCUCAGUUAUCUUACAGUCUGGUGUCCCUCUGUGACGAGGCAAGUGUGCAGUGGUUCAGCGUGAUCUCCUACCAUGGACCUUGUGAUGGCAGCUCUUCCAGACUUGUCACUGUGUUUCAAAUCCUUUUGCAUGGAUCAUCAUUUGCCAUACAGGAUGGCACAGUGAAGCUGAAUGGACACUUUGUAUCCCUCCCACACAUUUUGCCAUCAGGGGUGUCUUUGUCAUCUGGUGUGAACCAGGAUAAGUCAGAGGUCAUAGUGAUACUGAGGAGAGACACUGGGAUGGAGUCAGAGCUGGAGAUAGAGAUUGGUGCUACCAUGGUGACAGUCAAGGUCCCUAUCUGGUACUCUGGGAAAUUGUGUGGUCUCUGUGGAAACCUUAAUGACCUCCACACUCACAAUUCAGUCAAGUCAUGGGUUCUCCCUGACUUUCCUGGCUGUGGCUUCAGUGGAUGAAGACUGACCUCUUUGUUAAUGUCAUGUGUUGCGACUUGUUGAAUGUUUGUAUGAAUACAAAGUAUUUAAUCAACACUGUGUGUAGUCUGUUUCUUGUGACUCUAAUAGAUGUCAUGCCCUUCGUGUACAUUUUACAUAACUCUGGUUAUACUUAUCAGUUAGGCCCAUACACCUUUUUUAAAUAGUCAGUUGCUUG